AUGAGCCUUAACGUGUUUCAUGAAUCAUCGUUGUCAAAGGAUCCUGAGAAUGUUCAGCAGCACGGACAGGAUGAUCAAUCAAAAGCACUCACGAUUUUUAAUGAAUCGGGUGGCUCCCAAGAAGAAGGUUUGAGUUCAGACGAGUUUAUGACUGUCUCGUCAAGUCCUGAACAACCUCGGGAUGAGCCAUUCGAUGGUUUAGCUUUAGAACAUGGGGAUGAUGAAAUAUUUCGAGAAGAUUUUCAGAGUAUGCUCUCAUUUGCCUCUCCAAUUCCAAUGAUGGCAGUCGACGACAAAGAUUCCUCCCUUCAUUUUCCAAAAACUUUCCUCUCCAAUUCACCUCAUGAGAACCAUCAUUCAGAAUUUUUCAUUCAAAAAUCGGAAGAUCCAUUGACAGGAUACGAGACGCCAGUGAAUAGAGAAUGUAAUAAUAAUUUAUCAGACUGUUCGGCCAUCCUUCAUGCAUUUUCUGCAAAUUCCCAAUGGAGUGAUGUACCGUUAAGUGAGCUUCCUGGUUUUAAAACUCCUUUGAAAUUUAUUACACCUCCAGUUAAGAAAUUUAUAAUUUUACCUGAUUCUGCACCUAGAAAUGUAAUAUCGACCUUGGUACUGUCAAAGGAUUUCUCCUCAACAACAAAAAGGAAGUCUUUGAAAGUUAAAAAGAUGAACAUUAGUGGAAAUGCUCUUCGUUUUACGCCAAAUUGUGAAGACAACCACUACUGCCAAAGUGCUCAAAAUGAUCAAACAAGUUCAACUGCAAUCAUCGUGCCAAACGAAGAUCAACAUGACAAAAGCAGUGGAAUAUUUAGCUCUUUAAAAGAAUUACAGUACUAUGGAGAGAACAAGUCAACAGAGGAAGACUCUUCCGUUUGUUGUCAUUUGUGUCGUUGCAAAGACGCUGAAAUUCAUUCACUGAAAGAGCAGCUUGAAGAUCAAAUAUCCAAGUAUAAUCUCCUGUUGAAAGAAUACGAUUUAUUGAAGGAGUUGUAUGAAAAAACAGAGUCCACUUCUGAUACAUCCUCUGUCAACUCUCUUACCUCUUCCCAAUCAUCAGAUUCUGCAAGAAAAGUGCUUCGAAACGUUAUUUCUUUCGACAAUGUGAAAUUCAUCAAACUCUAUUGCCGUGUAAGAAACUUUACAUGCGAAGAACUGGAAGAAAUCUCCAAGAUUGUGAGUGUAGAUACAAAUUGUUGCAACCAUCUUUCCCAACUCGUUCGUCACACCACAGGUGAUGAAUGCAAUUCUGAGAGUUCUUUCUCUCCCCAAACAGAACAGUCCCUUCCUGUUUUAACAACAGAUGAUUCAAAAGUGGUCAUUCGAAAGUAUUUAAACAAUACUAUGAGCGGCGUUGGAAGCAAAAUGUCAAAAUAUGAGUUUCAUUUUGACAAAGUUUUUGGAUACAACUCUGACAAUUCACAAGUUACAGAAUCGUUGAGUACUUUUAUUAAUAGAGUUAUCGAUGACGAGCCUCAACAAAGACUUACAAUUAUGGCAUAUGGUGCCACUGGUUCGGGUAAGACCUUUACCAUACAGGCGAUUAUGAACUAUGUCAAACCAAUGAUCUUUUCCAAACUUCAAUCAAAAAUUGUUCAAUCCAUCCAUUUUAACUGCUUUGAGGUUUACAAUGAGCAAAUUGUUCUACUAAUGAAUACAGAAGCUGACCAAUUCAAGUUGGUACAAAAUGAGAACGAAUUAGAAAAAUUAAUUCAAUCCUCUCAUAAUAAGAGAAAAUGUGCUGAAACAGAAUUCAACAAGCGUUCAUCAAGAAGUCACUGCAUUUACAGAUUUAAAGUAUGCUUUGAUGAAAACGAUCAAGACUAUUGCAAUAUUUUAAACAUUGUAGAUCUUGCAGGUAGUGAAAGACUUUCGAGCGAUGAGUUUUUACAGACCCAACUCAACACCUCUCAGAAUAAUACCCCUCGAUCGAGAGAUGUCAACAAGGAAGAGGCAUUGAAAGGUCUUAAAAAAAUAAGGAAUACCGAAACUGUGAAUAUUAACAAAUCGUUGAGUGUGUUGAGCCAAGUGAUCAAAUCGUUGGCACAGGGAUCAAAAUUCAUUAAUUAUCGAGAUUCUACACUGACUAAAAUUCUCAAACAUGAUCUUUCUCAAGUAGCGCUUGUGGUGAAUUUAAAACCUCCCACAAAAAUUAAGGACAAGACAGAAGUUGAGAGAAUUGUCAAUUCUUUAACAUUUGCGAAAAAGGCAAAUGCUUUUGAAAUUUCAAAUUUCAAGUAA